AUGGCCGAUGAUCAUCACGGCGUUAGCGGUGCGACGACUAAUGCCUUGUUGGCACUACUCCAGGAGAGGUUCAGGCAGUUGGAGAAAAUGAAGGAGCUAAGACAGGAGAAGGAGCUCCUCAGAAUGUUGUCCGAAUCAUCGAGAAAGUACGUUAACGUUAACGUUGCUUCUUCUUCUUCUUCUCCACCCACGUGCGAUUGUUGUGAUCAUCAUCCCGAGAUUGUGCAUUCGGAAAAAAGAUUGCGCUCGGAGGUUUUUUGUAGUCCUCCUAGACCUAAUUGCCAGCUUUCUCUAUCCCUCUGGCCGGAUUCUUCUACGGAUAGUCGGGGCGCGAUUGCAGGCCCCCCAUCAAAGUCGCGCCGUUCUACUGACGGGCCGUUUGUUUGUACUUCGCAGGUGAAGAUGGAGAAUUCGGGUUAUGAUGUCGACACCUCUCUUCGUCUGUGA